AUGCUGCUUCCACAUUCUGUGUGUGUUUUGCUUCUGUUGGCACCAUUGUAUUCUUUGGCUGAAGAUGACCCAACACAACCCCAACGGAAUCCUUGUGCCAACUGGAUGGGUGGAGCACCUGGUUAUCCAGGACACAAUGGCCUGCCAGGAAGGGAUGGUAAAGAUGGAAAAGAUGGAGAAAAAGGAGAAAGAGGAGAACUAGGAGACGUUGGCGAGCAAGGACCCUUAGGACCAGAGGGCCCGCGGGGAUUUCCAGGAGCCCGAGGGGAGAUGGGGGAGAGUCCAUUCUUACAUCACUCAGCCUUUAGUAUGGGACUAACUGGCAGAGUUCCCACCCCAAAUGUUCCUAUCCGCUUCACCAAAGUCUUUUACAAUGAACAGCGCCAUUAUGAUGAUAGCACAGGCAAGUUCAGCUGCAAUAUUAAGGGUCUUUACUUGUUCACCUAUCAUCUAACUGUUUAUAUGAAGGAUGUCAAGGUUGGGCUUUACAAGAAUAGCAAGCCCAUUAUGUUCACCUUUGACCAGUUCCAGUCCAACAAUGUAGACCAGGCUUCUGGUUCCGUCUUAUUGCACCUGGAUGCUGGAGAUGAGGUCUGGCUGCAAAUCUAUGGGGAAGAUUUUGGAGGCAUAUAUGGAGAUAAUCUCAAUGACUCUUCUUUCUCAGGAAUCCUGCUAUAUCCAGACCAGACCUCCAACUGA